AUGUCACAGCUGAAUUUAUCGCAUUUGCUUUCUGUUGGGGUUAUAUCUCUCGUUACAGGGUUCUGUAUAAGUCAAUACUUUGGAACUAAUGUAUGCUCCAAAUCAAAGUUGAAGAAACUGAAAAAUAUUUCGAAGGCUCCAAUUGAGGACGUAACUACAGAGGACAGUUCUGAAUACGAAGACGUUUCUGAAGAUGAGAGUAUUGAUAUCGAUUCUACGCCAUUAAAUGAUAUCCCCGGUGAAGUUCGUAUGACCUUAAUUGUUCGUCAAGACUUAAAAAUGGGUAAAGGUAAAGCAGCAGCUCAAUGUCUGCAUGCCACGUUAGCAUUAUAUAAGAAAAUAACCAACCCUGAAUCAGACGCAUAUAACCCUGAAAUGGUUAAUAGAUGGGAAUAUGGUAAUGGUCAGGCAAAAAUUACGUUACAGGUGCCUAAUCAAGAAGAAAUGGAUACGUUAUUUGCUCAAGCCAUUUCGUUAGAUGUAAAUGCAUAUAUAGUUCAUGAUGCUGGAAGAACACAAAUUGCUGCUGGAAGUGCUACAGUUUUGGGAUUAGGUCCCGCUCCUAAGUUAGUGAUAGAUCAAAUUACGAAAGAUUUAAAGCUUUACUAG